AUCCCAGUGUGUGAGUGUGGGCCUCUCUAGAGACUCACCAUAUAUGCACAGCUUUUAAAGAGAAAUUCAAUAUUUUGAGUGGAGUAUAACCACGGAGCAAGGCUGUAGAAACAAAAUUUUUUUGUUGUUAUAGAAAAUGCUUUUUAAAACAGGAGUGGAGGUAGAGUUGUUUACUAUUAUGAAAAGAGCAAAAAACAAAAAAACUGUUUUUCUUUGAAGAGCAAAGGCAUUGGAAACAUUGAGUUUCAGUGCUUGCCUUUAUUAGGUGUCCUCUAUCUGAUUGUUAGAAAUUAUUCAUUUCCUCAAAGAGAGAGAAUAAAUUGCUUGGGGAUGCAGCCUUGCUCUGCACUCUUCUUUUGCUAAAGGCGAGCGGUGAAGACCUCAGCAUCAUGAGGGUGCUCCUGCACUUGAGCUUUCUAACUCUCCCCUGUGUCUGGGCCAUUGCUAUGGAGAUUCCCAUGAGUGCCGUGGUGAAAGAGACCUUGAUACAGCUGUCCGCUCACCGAGCUCUACUGACAAGCAAUGAGACAGUGAGGCUUCCUGUUCCUACUCAUAAAAACCACCAGCUGUGCAUCGCAGAGAUCUUUCAGGGUCUAGACAUAUUGAAGAAUCAAACUGCCCGUGGGGGUACCGUGGAAACGCUAUUCCAAAACUUGUCACUAAUAAAGAAAUACAUUGACCGCCAAAAAGAGAAGUGUGGUGAGGAGAGACGGAGAACGCGCCAGUUUCUGGAUUACCUGCAGGAAUUCCUUGGCGUCAUGAGUACAGAAUGGACAAUGGACGGCUGAGGUUGAGGUGGCUCAGUGGAGACAGGACUUCAGGCUUUAAGUUAAAUUUUAAACAGAUGCAUAAAACACACAAUUGUACAAAUGAAGGGGUUACCAUAUGCUGUUUCCGUUCACAUUCACAUCAUGUAGUCAAGCUAA